GCAAAGCUUUCUCAAUGUGUAACGCUGUAACAUAGGGACGGGACUUGUGUGUAUUCGCGGUAGUUUCCUCUGUUUGAUGACUUUUUUUGUGUCAGCCCCAGAUAUUACAGCUGUGAUCAGGAGGUGGAUGGAUAGAUGGAUGGAUGGACAGAUAGAUAGAUAGUUAGUUUUUAUUUCAGUGCGUGGAUUCCUUUCACUUGACGGUAUUAAGGGCAGGCUGGGCUGUUUAUGAUUUUUUUGAACAGACCUUUAUGGCACCAGCCCAAGGUAGGAAAGGAUCUUUUGUUGAUGGGGUUGCCGCUCGCAGGCUUAGACGGUUCUGCAGGGGGAGAAGCUAUGCAGGACAGCGUGCUUGGAAGAACCGCACCCGGGGUUUUCCAUGACAAACCUCCAGUUUUGGGGUCUUCUUUUCACUUCUUCCUUUCAGAUACGUCAUGACGGAUCAAACAGUUACCGUUUGAUGCAGCUUGGAUGCCUGGAGUCUGUGGCCAACUCGACCGUCGCCUAUUCCUCCUCAUCUCCUCUCACUUACUCUACUACGGGCACCGAGUUCGCCUCCCCGUACUUCUCCACUAACCACCAGUACACCCCACUGCACCACCAGUCCUUCCACUACGAGUUCCAACACAGCCACCCGGCAGUCAACCCCGACGCUUACUCCUUGAACUCUCUCCAUCACUCCCAGCAAUACUACCAGCAGAUCCACCAUGGGGAACCCACUGAUUUUAUCAACCUGCACAAUGCGCGGGCGCUCAAGUCCUCUUGCUUGGACGAGCAGAGGAGAGAGCUGGGGUGCUUAGAUGCUUACCGCCGCCACGACCUGUCUCUUAUGAGCCAUGGAUCCCAAUAUGGGAUGCAUCCAGAUCAAAGACUCCUGCCAGGACCAAGCCUCGGGCUUGCAGCCUCGGGAGCAGACGAUUUGCAGAGCUCAGUGGAGGCCCAGUGUGGACUUGUACUGAACGGGCAAGGAGGUGUGAUAAGAAGAGGUGGCACCUGUGUUGUUAACCCCACCGACCUGUUCUGCUCUGUUCCUGGUCGCUUAUCUCUCCUCAGCUCCACUUCGAAGUACAAAGUGACGAUUGCGGAGGUGAAGAGGCGCCUUUCACCACCAGAAUGCCUCAACGCUUCCCUCUUAGGAGGCAUUUUGAGAAGAGCAAAAUCCAAGAACGGAGGACGAUGCUUGCGAGAAAAAUUAGACAGACUGGGACUGAAUUUGCCUGCAGGAAGAAGAAAAGCAGCAAAUGUCACACUCUUGACUUCCUUGGUAGAAGGGGAAGCAUUACAUUUGGCCAGAGAUUUCGGCUACACCUGUGAAACAGAGUUCCCUGCCAAGGCGGUAGGAGAGCACAUUGCCAGACAGCACAUGGAACAGAAAGAGCAGACAGCAAGGAAAAAGAUGAUCCUGGCGACAAAACAAAUAUGUAAAGAAUUCCAAGACCUUCUAAGUCAAGACAGAUCACCCCUCGGAUCCUCCAGGCCGACUCCAAUAUUAGACCUCGACAUCCAGAGACAUUUAACACAUUUCAGUUUGAUCACUCAUGGUUUUGGAACUCCUGCAAUAUGUGCUGCCCUAAGCACUUUCCAAACUGUUCUCAGUGAAAUGCUGAACUACUUGGAAAAGCACACAUCGCACAAAAACGGAGGAGCAGCGGAAUCUGGCCAAGGACACGCCAACUCGGAGAAAGCCCCCCUGCGGAAAACUUCAGAGGCUGCUGUGAAAGAGGGCAAAACAGAAAAGACAGACUAGCUACAUCAAACAGAAUCUAUUUCAAGAGAGUCUUGCUGCUGAUAUUUUUUUUAAAUAUAUAUAUCAUUGAGGGCGAUUUAUCUCCAGUGGACCAAAUCCAAAAAAAAAAAAAAAGGGGAAAAAAGAGAAAAAAAAAAAAAAAAAAAAAAAAAAAAAAAAAAAAGAGAAAAAAAUAAAAUAAAAAAGAGAAAGAUUAAAACAGAGAGAAAGAGAGAGCGUGAGAGAGGAAAGUAUUCAACCCUAAGAACAGCAGUGUACAGUAAUUGUGUGAUGAAAUUGUCACUUUUUUAAAAUUUAUGUUGCUCUAAACUACUUUUUCGUGCACGUAGUAUUUGAUUGUUCUGAAUGAUACACUAACACUGUUUUUUAUAAGCACUUCUGGACUUGGCUGAGGUGGCACAUGAAAUCUGAAGCACUUUCUUCUCCGGCAGCAGAGUUAGGGCCAUUACACUGGUUGUGGGACACACAGUUCCAGCAUCCUGACUUUGCUUGCAUGCUGGAUAGAUUGAAAGAAGGGCUUCCUCUGAUCCAUCGGACAUGCCUGAUCUACUGACCAUUGGGAAAACAAUAUGGGAACCUGGCAAAAGAGGAAUUCUUGGGUCAUGGGACAAAUGAACCGUUCAGUGUUGGGGGCUGCUUAUCCCCAAGUGGGAAUGUACAAUAAAGCUGCACUGGAAUGAGGCCAGAACCUGUUGGGAAUCUGUCCUGACCAUUCAAGCAGCAGCCAUGGUGUCACAUGUGAAAAGAGCAUGGCAGACUAAAACGAAAAAAAAAAACCUUGAUAGUUUCAAUAAGAGCCCCGAUCCCUCUGUGAACUUCCGAUUAAAUGACAGCAUGGGCUUCUGUCCUCUAUCUUCUCAGCCCCUGGUCCCACAACACUGCAGUCUGCCAUACCUGGGUCUCUGUUCAACAGGAUCAAUGCAGGCAAUUGGAGUCACCUUUUGUGUUGCCUUGAUUUUACGAUGCUUUCUUUUCUUCAACAGCUUGUUUCUGCAGCUUUAUUGCCUUUAUCCAGCUGAGGUGCAGAGGUCUAACAGAAUCCACUCACUUACCAAAAAUAAAAUAAAACCAAAAUGACAAAUAAGACAGAUUGGCUUAGUCCACAGCAGCAAAGUGAUAAUACCCUUGUUAAUGUACUUUUGAAAUAUUACUUUACCACCUACUACACAUCCUUACACAGAAAACAUUGGAGUCAUAGUUUGAGCUCAAGCCUCUUUGAGUCAAGAGGCUUUUCCCAGCCACAUUCUCACUUCUUCUCCAACAAGACUUUUAUUCCAUGCUUUUUCUUGUUUCUCUGACUUCACUUUACUGAGAAAGUUAGGAAGGAUUGGUAUUAUGGGGUGGGGUUAUGCUGGCCAUCUAAACUCCUUUUACGAUCAGCAGAACCAGACCUUUUCUUCUAAGGGACAAUUCAUCUCUUUCUAUGGUAGGAAAUAUAGUUGUCCAUGUGUAAGUGUUUAGAGCCAUUUGAGAUGUUUUAGCCUAAGACAGCCACAGAGUUCUGACAGAUAUGACGUAAAACCUAUUGGAGAACUGGACUCCCCUGGAGAAGCCCAGAAGACAGCACUAGAUACCUAUGGGUGGUUACUUAACUUGCCCACCAAGCAUCUGGGACAGGUAGAAGGGAUCAUCUGGAAGUGCCUGUCAUUCUCCACAGAUAAUAGUUGGAAUGUAACGGUGGAAUUUUGCAUUGUACGUGACUUCAACUGGAUUAAUCACCCUCCUCUGCCUAUAAUCGGUGGAGACAAAAAGGCACUCACAACAUUCAGUUUAUCUCACCUCACAGUAGGGAUGAAUGAUGCCAUGAAAGUGUGUACUUUUCUCAGCUAGGUAUAAAGGAAGCCAAGGAUAAAAUCCCUCAUACAUAUGUGUCUAUAUCACAGCUUUCUCGAACUAGUUAUUAUGCAUUACUUCUUGGAUGUCCAGCUUUAGACUAAACCUAGGGACUAUGACAAAUAUCUGAGAGCAUUUACAGCCACGAUGUGAGGGAGUCAAACUAAAUUAACAAGAUCAGCCUUGCCUUCUAACUGUAUGGAAGGAAAUAGAGGGCUUACGGCAUGAUGCUGUUCCUCUUGAGGUCCGUAAGGACAUUGCCAUCAUGGUGAGAAAACAUGCUAGGAACUAAUGAAUCCCUACUUGCUUGUGUAAGGAAAUCUACAAAAACGAAAAGAAAUCCUAUGAUUUUGCCCAGAUUUGUCCUUGUUCAUGGUAGGUAUAGAACUUCGAUAUCUACUUUAGUGCUAUCUAGGCACCUUCUAUGCAUUGAGUAAAAUAGAUGUAUCUCCAUGGGACUCCAUCUCCUUAACACACUAUGAUCAGCUAAGUGCCUAACAGAACUUAAAUUUUACUGAAUUAAUUUUUCCCUCCAGCACCUCUGGAGAAGUGCUAAAAUCAAAUGAAUGAUCCUCAGAGAUGUCUUCCACAGAAACACUGUGGAACUGUUCUAGAACAUGAAAUACUUGAGUGUGAAAGUAGGAAACCACAAUUAAAAGUGAAAAGGAAGCUCACUCUACUUUUUCUA